AUGGCCAUGUCCAUGCGCUCCCCCCGCCAUGCUUCCAAGCUGGCCAAGUCCUUCGCCUACUCGGCGCGCCGCUCCUACGCCACAGAACCCGACCUCAAAACCGCUCUCAAGGCCGUCAUCCCUGCGAAGCGCGAGCUGCUGCAGCAGGUCAAGGCCCAGGGCGAUGACGUCCUCGGCGAGGUCAAGGUCUCCAAUGUCAUCGGUGGCAUGCGGGGCCUCAAAUCCAUGCUCUGGGAGGGCUCCGUCCUCGACCCCAACGAGGGCAUCCGCUUCCACGGCAAGACCAUUAAGGAUUGUCAGAAGGAGUUGCCCAAGGGCCCCUCCGGCACCGAGAUGGUCCCCGAGGCCAUGUUCUGGCUGCUCCUGACCGGUCAGGUCCCCUCCACCAGCCAGGUCCGCGCCUUCUCGCGCGAGCUGGCCGAAAAGUCUCAUCUCCCCCAGGAGAUCUUGACCCUGAUCAAGUCCUUCCCCCGUCACAUGCACCCCAUGACCCAGCUCUCCAUUGCCGUCGCCGCCCUCAACACCGAGUCCAAGUUCGCCAAGCUCUACGAGAAGGGUCUCAACAAGGCCGACUACUGGGAGCCCACCUUUGACGACUGCAUCUCCCUGCUGGCCAAGAUUCCCCGUGUUGCCGCCCUCGUCUUCCGCCCCAACGAGGUCGACACCGUCGGCACCCAGGCGCUGGACGUCAACCAGGACUGGUCCUACAACUUCGCCGAGCUCCUCGGCAAGGGCGGCGAGAAGAACCAGGACUUCCACGACCUCCUGCGUCUGUACCUGGCCCUCCACGGCGACCACGAGGGUGGUAACGUGUCGGCCCAUGCCACCCACCUCGUGGGUAGCGCUUUGAGCGACCCCUUCCUCAGCUACAGUGCCGGUCUGCUGGGUCUUGCUGGUCCCCUGCACGGUCUCGCUGCCCAGGAGGUCCUCCGCUGGAUCCUCGCCAUGCAGGAGAAGAUCGGCACCAAGUUCACCGACGAGGAUGUCCGCACCUACCUCUGGGACACCCUCAAGUCGGGCCGGGUGGUUCCUGGUUACGGACACGGUGUUCUGCGCAAGCCCGACCCCCGUUUCGAGGCGCUGAUGGACUUUGCCGCCACUCGCCCCGAUGUCCAGGCCAACCCCGUCUUCCAGCUGGUCAAGAAGAACUCUGAAAUUGCUCCGGGCGUGUUGACCGAGCACGGAAAGACCAAGAACCCCCACCCCAACGUGGACGCCGCCUCGGGCGUGCUCUUCUACCACUACGGCUUCCAGCAGCCGCUCUACUACACCGUCACCUUCGGUGUCAGCCGUGCCCUCGGCCCGCUGGUGCAGCUGAUCUGGGACCGGGCCCUGGGUCUGCCCAUUGAGCGCCCCAAGAGCAUCAACCUCCUGGGUCUGAAGAAGUAG